AUGUUUCCACGUUGGGGUUAUACUAUCGCACUAACUUCUGCAUUAUGGUUAUUCUUCCUGACCAUAAUCACCCACACCCACACUGACACCAGCACCGUCCACGUCAAGAAAUCACACCUUGAUAAAAUCGUCAAACGCGUCUAUGAAAAAUAUCACUCCGUCGAUAAUCGUCGCCGUCUUGUCAUUUCCCUAGCUGGGAUUCCCGGAUCGGGGAAAUCAACCCUUGCCCAACGCUUACUCCCUCGUCUUGAACGGUAUUUCAAUACGGUAGUUUUACCCAUGGACGGAUUCCAUUUGUCCAGAGAGGAAUUGGCAAGGAUGGAUGAUCCCCAGGAGGCAUUUGCACGCCGGGGUGCUCCAUUUACUUUCAACCCUCGUGGAUUUAUCGAUGUCAUCAAGAAGAUCAGUGAUCCGGCAUACACAGAUACGGUAUAUGCCCCCUCAUUUGAUCAUGCGGUGAAAGACCCCGUGGAUGGUGGAGUCACGAUAGGUCCAGACGCUCAAGUUGUAAUUGUCGAAGGGAAUUACGUCAGUUUGAAGGAUGAAGUAUGGGACCAGAUUGAGCUGUUGGUCGACGACACCUGGUUCUUACAAUGUGAUUUAGGCUUGGCGAAACGAAGAAUUGUUAGGAGACACAUCGAAGCCGGGAUUUCCCUGGAUGAACAAGAAGCAAUUGACCGUGCUGAAGGAAAUGAUUUGAUCAAUGCCAGGUACAUCAUUGAAAAUUCUAAAAAGACAAAGCUAGUUAUAGUUGAUACAGACGAGGAUUAG